CGGUCGAGUAAGACGCGCGGAAAUUCGUUUUGCUUUACCAAACAAGAAUAAAUAAGUUAACAUGGCCGUACCGGAAAAUAACGAUAUUAUUUUGGGAGACGCUCAGUCUCCGACAUAUAUAUUUCUAAAAACGUUUAUUGGAAAAUGGUGUGGCUUACUGAUGAAAUUGUUGGCGGCAUAACUGUGGGCGAAUUGGUCACCAGCAUUACAAAGCACAUGACGGUGGACGAGGAACUGGAGGCGACAGAGCAGGUGCUGGCAUUAGCAGAAAGGCUCGCAAUGGGAGAGCAUAUAUAUAAAUCUAAGCGAGAGGCAGGUCAGCACAAUCUCUAUAAUGUUACAAUACCAGAAAACAGUUUGGGAAAAACAUAUGCUAGAGGGGUAUUACAUGAAGAUCUAGCCGGAAUUGCUGUAGAUUCUAAUUACGAUGUUAAAUAUAGAAUUAUAAGUGGUGAUAAAGACAAGCUGUUCAAAGCAGAAGAGAAACUUGUUGGAAAUUUUGCCUUUUUAAGUAUUCGAACACGAACGAGUAAUGUAGUGCUGAACAGAGAAAAAACCGAGGAAUAUGUGCUUAAAGUAAAAGCUCACAUUAACUAUUCGCAUGGUAAAAACAUUUCAACCUAUGAAUCGGAAACAACAAUUCAUGUCCAAGUUUUGGAUCGAAAUGAUUUAAGCCCUCUCUUUUAUCCAACUGAAUAUGCGGUAACGGUUCCUGAGGAUACUCCAAAACAUCACAGUAUUGUAAAAGUUAUUGCAGAUGAUGCAGACUUAGGAGUAAACGGCGAAAUUUACUACAGUUUUUUAAUCGAGAGCGAGCAUUUCGCAAUUCACCCAACUACGGGAGAUAUAACAAUCUUAAAGCGGCUUAAUUAUGCCGAGAACUCACAUUACGAGCUUACGGUCUUGGCUCAUGACAGAGGAAGUGCCAUAAACCAACAGAAUCAUCAAGCUAGUAAAGCAAAAGUGUCUGUAACUGUGAAGCAGGUUAAUCUCAAUGCCCCGGAAAUACAUGCAAAGACAUUUACAAGUGUGAUACCGAAUUCAGAUGCUCUUAUUUAUGGGAUUGUUAAAGUAAAUGACAAAGAUGUCGGAAAAAGUGGGGAAAUUAGAAAGUUGGAAAUACUUGAUGGAAAUCCAGAUGGUACUUUUCAACUUACUGCUUCAGAUGCCCGAGACGAGUAUUACAUAGAACUGAAUAAAUUUGCUAAAUUAUGUCAAAAGCACUGCAGCUUUAACCUUACGUUACGCGCAGAAGAUCUUGGUUCACCCCCCAGACACACAUACAAAACCAUUCCAGUACAAAUAAUUCCAGAAAGCGAAAAUGUUCCGAUUUUUACCCAAGAAAUUUACGAUGUUUCAAUACCAGAAACGUCUCCUGUCAAUAUGCCAGUUAUUCGACUUAAAGUGAGUGACCCAGAUUUGGGCAAAUAUGCAUUGGUUUACUUGGAAAUAGUAGGUGGUAACGAAGGGGGUGAAUUUCGAAUAAAUCCAGACUCUGGAAUGCUGUAUACUCAAAAGCGUCUUGACGCUGAAAUAAAAUCUAUUUAUACGCUAACCGUCACUGCCAUUGAUCAAGCAGAUGUAGGAUCAAGAAAACAGUCAUCGGCCAAAGUAAAAAUUACUAUACAGGAUAUGAACGAUAAUGACCCCAUAUUUGAGAAUGUAAAAAAAAUAAUUAACAUUAAUGAAAAUGAGUUGGCUGGCUCAUAUGUUGGAAAAUUUACUGCCAGAGAUAAAGAUUCGGGCGAAAAUGCAUACAUAUCCUACAACAUAGCAAACUUAAACGAAGUUCCAUUCGAAAUUGACCAUUUUACCGGUGUUAUUAAGACAACAACGUUACUUGAUUAUGAAACAAUGCGGCGUAACUACACGCUUCUCAUUCGAGCCUCAGAUUGGGGUCUACCAUAUAGAAGACAAACGGAAAUUGCAAUUGAUAUCAUUCUGAACGACAUAAACGAUAACAGGCCACAGUUUGAACGAAUUAAUUGCUAUGGAAAAGUGAUAAGAUCAGCUCCAAUUGGGUCUGAGGUUUUUACAAUUUCUGCAGUUGAUCUUGAUGUAGGCGACGUAAUAUCAUAUCGCUCUAUAGCUGGCAAUGAUGAUGGUUGCUUUAACUUAGAUUCAAGUAGUGGUACUAUUUCCAUAGGGUGUAAUCUAAUGGAUGUUGCUGUUGCGGAUCGUGUUCUUAGACUAACUGCUACGGACGGGACUCACUUUUCAGACGAGUUAAGCAUUAACGUGCACUUGGAUCAUGAUAAUUUUAAGGGGCACGCCAACAUAAUGCAAGGGUAUGGAACCUUUGAAUGUCGUGAAACUGGAGUAGCUCGAAGAUUAGCAGAAACAUUAGCAUCGGCAGAAAAAAAUAAUGCUUGGAAUAUUUCACUCUCUGAAGGUAACGACUUGGCACUAACGCCCAGCAGAUAUGGACAAAAUGUGCACAAGCCAGAAUUUAAAAAUUUUCCACUAGAGUUGUUCUUAAAUGAAAGUGUUCAAUUGGGCACAACUGUGGCUUUAGUCGAAGCUAAAGAUCGCGACUUGGGCUACAAUGGGAAACUAGUUUAUUCAAUAGCAGAUGGAGACAUCGAUUCUGUGUUUCGAAUUGACCCCGAUGGUGGUGAACUCCAAAUAAUUGGCUACUUGGACAGAGAGCGCUUGAGUGAAUAUGUUCUGAAUAUCACUGUUUACGAUCUUGGAGCUCCCACAAAAUCAGAUUCCAAAAUGUUACCCAUUACCAUUACGGACACUAAUGAUAAUCCACCAGUACUUCAAAAAUCCUUAAUAACAUUCCGCCUUGCAGAAAAUGCUCCAGUUGGAAGCACUAUAUAUUGUGUACAUGCAACUGAUGCAGACUUGGGUAUUAAUGCCGAAAUACAAUACUCUUUAUCCACUCAUUAUGAAGAGUUUGCUAUAAAUAAAACAUAUGGUUGUAUAACAUUGAUGAAUCCAUUGGACCGAGAGAAGAACGAUAAAUUUGAACUACAUGUAAAUGUAAGAGAUGGAGGUUAUCCAGUGCUGUCAUCAGAGGCUGUCGUUUAUAUUCUUGUGGACGAUGUUAACGAUAACGCACCUAUAUUUGGUGUACAAGAAUAUAUAUUCAAGGUUCGAGAAGAUGUGCCACGUGGGACUGUAGUAGCCGUUAUUGAAGCCAUAGAUAAUGAUAUUGAUAAAAAUUCAGAGAUUCUAUUUUCACUUAAAGAAGAUUCGCAAGAAAACAAUCUAUUUAAAAUAGAUAAACAUACUGGAGCAAUACGAACCGUAGGAUAUUUAAAUUAUGAGAACCGUCAAGUACAUAAUCUUGUAAUAAGUGCAAUAGAUUGCGGAGUUCCAUCCCUUACGUCGAACAUGCCAAUAGUAAUUGAAAUAAUAGAUGUUAAUGAAAAUAGAUUUGCACCUGAGUUUGAUGAUUUCAUAUUUGAGGGGAAAAUUAAAGAAAAUAAACCAAAAAACACCUUGGUAAUGAAUGUAACCGCGCACGAUAUGGACGGCGAUGAUCAAAAUGGCAAAAUAUCUUAUUCAAUAACUGGUGGAGAUGGAUUGGGAAUUUUUUCCGUUAAUGAUCAGGGUUCGAUUCAUUCCUUAACUCAGCUUGAUGCUGAAACUAAAGACUCUUACUGGUUAACGCUAUGCGCCCAAGACAACGCUAUAAUUCCACUUACCAAUUGUGUAAAGGUAAGUUAUAAUGAGGUUAGAAUGAAAAUUAACAUUCCACUAACAAUCAAACCAGUUUAUCAUGUCAACGUGACAGAGGGAAGUUCAGGAAACCAUGAAAUAAUAAAGCUCAAAGCAAUAGACCCCGAUAGAGACCCGUCGCAAAAAAUUACAUAUAAUAUAGUAUCGGGAAAUUUAGUAGGAUACUUUCAAAUUGACCCACAAACAGGUAUCCUAAAAACAACAGAGCGGAAACUUGACAGGGAGAACAAAGAUGAGCAUAUUUUGGAGAUAUCUAUAUCUGACAAUGGAUCUCCUGUAUUGACAUCAACCACACGAGUUGUAAUAUCAGUUUUAGACAUAAAUGAUAACAGUCCCGUUUUCGACCAACGCAUGUAUAAAGUGCAAGUUCCUUCAACAACAAAUAUUAAUGAAUCAAUAUUUCAGGUUCAUGCAAUCGAUUACGAUGCAGGAGAAAACGGCCGCAUAACGUAUUCAAUCAAGUCUGGAAAAAAAAAGAACAAAUUUCGCGUUGAUGGAGUAAGCGGUCAUAUAUUUUUUACAAAAUCUUUAGAUCCAGACUCCGAGUUUGAAAUAAAUAUCAAGGCCGAAGACAAUGGAACGCCCAAAAAGACUCAAACUGCAUUAGUAAAUAUAGUUAUAAUUCCUGUUAAUCCCAAAUCUCCAAACGCACCAGUAAUAGCCAUGAAGUCCAUAAAUAGCGUUGUAGACCUAACAGAAAAUGAUAAACCCGGCUUUCUAGUGACUCAAAUACUUGCCGAAGAUGAAGACAAUGAUCAACUUUGGUAUAAUAUCAGUGGUGGGAAUGAUGAAAACUAUUUUUAUAUUGGAAGGGAGUCUGGAAAUGUGCUACUUUCGAAAUUUUUGGACUAUGAGACCCAGACUUUUUAUAAUUUAUCGAUUAGUGUCACUGAUGGCUCAAAUGUAGCUUACACAAAACUAUACGUUCAAGUUGUUGAUACUAACGAUAAUACUCCGAAAUUUACAAAAGAUAUUUAUCAUGUAAAUAUAUCUGAAAAUAUCGACGAAGAAUCUGUUAUAAUUCAGCUUCAUGCUACUGAUAAAGACGAAGACAAAAAGCUGUUGUAUCAUUUGCACGCCUCACAAGACCCAUCCUCUCUGACAUUAUUUCGCAUCGACUCAAUAAGCGGAAACGUUAUUGUUACACAGAAACUGGAUUUUGAAAAAACAUCACAGCAUAUAUUGAUAGCUUUUGUAAAAGAUCAAGGUACUCCUGGCAAAAGAAAUUACGCAAAGAUUAUAGUUAACGUUCAUGACCAUAAUGAUCACUACCCUGAAUUUACAACAAAAAUUAUUCAAAGUAAAGUACCUGAAAGUGCUGCACUAGGAUCGAAACUUGUCCAAGUCACAGCAAUUGAUCGAGACAGUGGUCAAAAUGCUGAGCUUCGCUAUUCGAUUAUAACUGGUAACGUUGGAAGCGUAUUUGAAAUCGAUCCAAUAUUUGGAAUUAUAUCAUUAGCUGCCAGCUUGGACAUUAAUCAAAUGCAAGAGUAUAUGCUGCAGAUAAAAGCUGUAGAUCUGGGUCAACCGCCAUUAUCAUCCCAAGUGCCCGUACAUAUCAUUUUAACUAUGUCUGAAAAUGACCCUCCAAAGUUCUUCUCAAACUCAAUUUCACUAGAAAUUUUCGAAAAUUUAAAUGCUGGAUCAUUUGUAACUCAAGUAGAAGCGCGAUCUUCCUCAUCAGUCUUUUUCGAUAUUAUUCAUGGUAAUGUUAACGAAAGCUUUCGAAUUAAUCCUUCGACAGGAGUAAUUGUUAUAAACGCCAAUGUCGACUAUGAAAAAAUCAAGGUCUUUAACUUAACAGUUAAAGGGACUAAUAUGGCCUCACUCUCUUCAUCGCAAAACGUAAUAGUGCAUGUUUUAGAUGUAAAUGACAAUAGUCCAAAGUUUCUGGAAAGCGAAUAUGUUGGAAUUGUGUCGGAGGCUGGCGUUUUAGGAUCCUAUGUUCAAAUGACUGAUGAUAAGAAAAAACGUCCAUUGACGCUCAAAGUGUUUGAUGCCGACGAGGGAUUAAAUGGCUUACUGGAAUAUAAAAUCGACGACGACUAUACCAAUGCUGUGUUUAAAAUCGAUCCUACUACAGGGGCAAUCGAAAUAAUUCGUAACUUGGAUUAUGAAAAAGAUUCCAACUAUUCAUUUUACGUUAUGGUCAGUGACAUGGGCAAACCAAAACUAUAUUCAAAUUCAAAGGCUCACGUUAUAAUCAACGUGAGUAACGUUAAUGACUGCCCACCCACAUUUAAGGAUCGCGCUCUCAAUGUCACUUUAAUUCUACCAACGUUUGAAAAAGUAUUCGUUGCAAAUAUUGCUGCAUCUGACGCUGACAACGACAUUAUUCGCUAUGACAUAGUAGAUGGAAAUGAUCAUGAAUGCUUUGAAAUACACCCUUUUACAGGAGUAUUAACGACAAGAACUUCUGAAAUACAAAAUAAGGAGUACACUCUGCAUAUCCGCGCAUCUGAUGGGCUAUACUCUACCAUUCUUGUCGUAAAUAUUCAAACUGAAAAAGUAAUUAACUCCAAUUUCAUUUUUCAAAAGAAGAUCUAUGAGUUUACAACGUUGGAAAAUACUACAAAAGUAUCUACAGUAGGAUUGUUGAAUGUCGUGGGUAACACUUUAAAUGAAAAUGUUGAAUACAGAAUUCUCAACCCAUUGGAUAUGUUUGCAAUUGGUAUUACUUCUGGUGCUAUUAAAACAACUGGCGUUUUGUUCGAUCGAGAGUUUCAAGAUAUGUACAAACUUUUCGUAGAAGCAAAGUCGACUAUGAUUAAUAGAGAUAACGGUAGCAUACGUAGAGCCGUGACGUCGGUGUAUAUAUCGAUUUUGGAUGUAAAUGAUAACUGCCCGAUAUUUGUGAACAUGCCAUACUAUGCAUCUGUAUCUGUUGGCCAUCCGAAGGGCACAGUAAUUGCACAAGUAAAAGCAAUCGAUUUGGACAGCUCUGAAAAUGGUGAAGUACGUUACGAACUGAAAAAAGGUAAUGGUGAACUCUUUAAAAUAGACCGCAAAAGUGGAGAGCUGUCGAUUAAACAAAGUAUAGAAGGCCACAAUCGGAAAUAUGAUCUAACUGUUGCUGCAUACGAUGGUGGAAUAGUCUCUUGUUGUACAGAAGUUCCAGUACAGAUAAAGGUUAUUGAUCAGUCCAUGCCCGUUUUUGAAAAACAAUUUUAUUCUGUUAGCGUUAAAGAAGAUGUCGAAAUGUAUUCAGCUCUGUUUGUAUCAGUUGAAGCGGAAAGUCCCUUAAAAAGAAAACUGAUAUACACUAUAUCAUCAAAUAAUUCAGAUCAAUAUUUUGAUAUUGAUUAUAGAACAGGUGCUUUGUAUGUUGUGAAUGAGUUGGACUAUGAGAAACAAGUAAUGCAUGAGAUUGCCAUCCGAGCCACAGAUAGUCUUUCUGGAAUUUUUGCAGAUGUUCUGUUAUCUAUAACAGUCAUUGAUGUGAACGAUUGUUAUCCCGAAAUUCAAAAAGAUAACUAUAAUGUUACCUUAUCUGAAAAUUCUCCGUUUGGAACACAAGUGCUACAAAUAAACGCCACAGAUAGGGACUCUGGUGCGAAUGGGAUACUAUCUUAUUUUAUUGAGUCCAUCAAUGGUCAAAACAACACUAAUACAUUUUACAUUGAUGUCAACGAUGGCUGCUUAUAUCUAAAAGUACCUUUAGACUAUGAGACGAUAAAGUAUCACCACAUAGUUGUGAAUGUAAAAGAUCAUGGCUCACCAUCUCUAAGUUCCAUAUGUAAUGUCUUUAUAACAGUUAAAGACCUCAAUGAUAACAUCCCAAAGUUUAUUGAGCCAUCUUUCUACACAAAGUUGUCUGUCGCAGCGACCCGUGGCCAAUUUGUUGCACUGCCUAGAGCAUAUGAUGAUGAUGUUUCUGACAUCGAGUUGCUUCAAUACAAAAUAGUAGAAGGAAAUGAUUUUCAAACGUAUAGUAUUGAUAAGAGCAGCGGCGUUAUAACCCUUCAAAAUAUGUUAAAAUUUGCUGAAAAACUGAGCACACUGCUGAAUGUAUCAAUAUCUGAUGGAACUCAUACAAGCUAUGCGCGUUUAAAAAUAACCUUAGUGCCGGAAAAUUUUCAUAGUCCACAAUUUGAAAACUCGGCUUAUGAAGCAACAAUAAAGGAAAAUUUACCAGCAGACUAUAAAAUAAUUACUGUCAAGGCAUUUGAUAACGAUUUUGGCCACUAUUCUCGAUUAUAUUACGAAAUAGCUUCUGAGGAAAUGAAACAAUAUUUUGAUAUUGAUAAAAAUACCGGCCUUAUCACAUCGAAGGUUAAGUUUGAUCGCGAGAUAAGAGGAGAAUAUGUCUUACAGUUAAAGGCAACUGACGGCGGAAGCAAAUUUGGAUUUACAACUUUGAAAGUGCUAAUUGAAGAUGUUAACGACAAUAGCCCAAAAUUCUCUUUAAGAGAAUAUAAAAUUGUCAUAAGUCCAUUAAACAAGCCUAAUGAAAUCAUAUUAUCCGUUAAAGCAAUUGACGUAGAUAUUAAUGAAAAUGGUGCUUUAAGCUACACAAUUGCACCGGACUCAAUGAAAACCAUUUUAGAGGAUAAAAUCUAUUUAAAUGAAACAACUGGAAGCAUUAUUCUUAAAAAAGCACCACAAAUUAGUGAGGGAGGGGCUUUUCAAUUUUUUGUUCGCGCCUUUGAUCUUGGAGAUCCUUCUUACCAUUCUGAAGUGCCCGUAACAUUGGAAAUAGUGGAUACUGAAGUGCAAAAUCCAAUAUUCGAAAAGCAUGAUAUCAAUCUUCAAAUAAUAGAAUCAACAUCACCGGGAACAGUUUUAACGAAAUUAAAUGUAGUUGGAAACUAUACAUUGAAAUUUUCGACUUCAGACGAAACAUCAUUGUUUGCUAUAUCCGAAAAUGGAGAAUUAAUUCUUAUGCAAACUUUGGACCGUGAACAGGCAGAUUCAAUUCAUUUGGUGGUCAUAGUGGAAACAGCAACAUCACCCAUUUUGUAUGCCUAUGCCGAUGUACACAUACAUGUUACUGAUGAAAAUGAUAAUUAUCCAAAGUUUGAUAAUACGAUUUAUGCUUCAAAUGUACCCGAAAAUACAGAGAAACUGGUUUCUAUUGUCAAAAUUACGGCGACCGAUGCUGACACCGGAUCAAAUGGAGAUGUGCGAUAUUAUUUUGAUGAUGAAUCAAAUAGUAUACGAAACAUUUUUGAUAUCGACAUUUAUACCGGUUGGAUAACUCUCCUAGGAUCCUUGGAUAGGGAAGUACAAUCUGAGUUCAAUUUAAAAGUUAUUGCCACAGAUAAUGGCCAACCGAAACACGACUCAAAAGUUCCAGUUUCCAUUAAAGUCAUUGAUUACAAUGACAAUGCACCGAUUUUUAAAGCUCCCCUUGACCAUGUAUCAAUUUAUGAAAACGCACUUCCUGGAACUGUGUUGAAAACAUUCUUACUAAUUGAUCCAGAUAUUGAAAAACACAAUAUUGACUACUAUAUUACAUCUGGAGAUAAACAAUCGCAGUUUCAAAUAGGCAAAACAGGAGAGUUAUUUAUCUCAAAGCCACUUGAUAGAGAGCAAAUAUCAUUUUAUAAUUUGAGCAUAAUAGCAACGGAUGGAAAAUUCACUGCCAAAGCAUUUAUUGAAGUUGAGAUAAAAGAUGUCAAUGAUAAUAUGCCAUAUUGCUUAAAACCUCGGUAUCACAUUACGAUAAAUGAAUCAACCCCGAUUGGCACUACGAUUGUUGAAGUCGAGGCAAUGGACUUCGACUCAAAUAACGAUUUUAAGUUACGUUUUUACAUAUCAGGUAAGGGAGCUGAUGACUUCGUUAUUGGGAAAGAGAGUGGUAUUGUAAAAGUAGCAAAACUUUUAGAUCGCGAAAAGUCUCCAAAAUAUAAGUUGUUUGCUCAUGUUCAAGAUGGAAAAGAGUUAACACGGGAAUGUGUUUCGGAAAUAAUUGUUACAGUAAAUGACAUCAAUGACAAUACCCCAGUAUUUACGAUGAAUGCUUAUAUAGUCAGCAUACAAGAGGACGCUCAAUUACAAACAGUCGUUACAAAAGUUCAUGCCACAGAUAAGGAUUUUGGAAUGAACAGAAAAAUAAAAUACACAUUAUUUGGAGCAAAUAGUGACUACUUUAGAAUUUCAAAGUCAACCGGAAUUAUAAAACUUGAAAAGAGCCUGGAUCGUGAAAGCAUUUCUCUAUAUAAUUUAACUGUUAAGGCCGAAGAUUUUGGCGUGCCACCAUUAUUUUCGAUAGCAAGUAUUGUAAUUAAUAUUUUGGAUAUCAACGACAAUCCUCCUGAAUUUAGCCGACGACAAUAUUUAAGUAAUAUACAGGAAAACUCAACACAAUCAUUUGAAGUGUGUAAAGUCUAUGCGACUUCCAAAGACAUUGGCGUCAACGCUGAAAUUUUCUAUUACAUAAUUGGUGGAAACGAACAGCGCAAAUUUACCAUUAAUACCAAUACAGGUGUUUUAUCAAUUAACGGGACCUUGGAUUACGAAAAAACAAAAUUUUAUUUGCUUACUGUUCAGGCUAUUGAUGGCGGGACACCACCAUUAAGUAACAUAGCUUAUGUAAAUAUAACCAUAGAGGAUGUAAAUGACAACAGCCCAAGAUUUGCACAAAAUAUAUAUCGAGCGAGUGUUAAAGAAGACAUGCCUAAUGGUUAUUCUAUUAUAAGUGUGCUAGCCACAGAUGAUGACUCAAACAUGAAUGGACGCAUCAAAUAUAAUAUUAUAAAAGGUGAUAACUUGCAGCAAUUUGGAAUAAAUAAAGCGAAUGGAACCAUUGCAUUGACAAGGCCUCUGGAUAGAGAAACAAUUGCCAACUACACGUUGGAAGUCGAAGCCUGCGAUUUUGGCAUUCCAGAGCGGUGCAGUAAUGUGCAAAUCAUUAUUUUAAUUUUGGAUGCUAAUGAUAAUGCUCCCUUAUUUUCACAAACCAAUUACAGUAUAGUAUUACAAGAAAAUAGACCACUAGGAUAUGUUUUUAUUACGUUUGAGGUGUCUGACGCUGAUGAGGUACCAAACUCUGUGCCAUAUACGUUUGAUAUACGUUCUGGUAACGAGGGAGGUCUAUUUAGACUUGAACAAGAUGGCUCUCUUAGCACGGCAUCGAGAUUUAAUCAUAAGUUACGCGAUGAAUUCAUAAUUCAAAUACGUGUUUUUGACAACGGUACGCCUCCACUUUUUUCGGAUACAUGGGUUAAAAUUAAAAUAGUUGAGGAAAGCCAAUACCCACCGAUCGUAACCCCUUUGGAGAUAACUGUCAAUUCGUUUGAAGAUGAAUUUGCUACUGCGUUUUUGGGUAAAGUACAUGCCUCCGAUCAAGACCAAUAUGAUGAACUAAGUUAUAGUAUCGCUCCAACAACUGAAGAAACAUAUCAAACUUUGAAAUUAUUUAAAAUUUCCAGCAAAUCUGGAGAAAUUCAUUCUAUAUCCAACCUAGAUAUUGGGCUAUAUAAACUGAAUGUAUCGGUUACUGAUGGAAAAUUUACUGCGUUCACUACUGUGAAAAUCAAUGUCGAACUAAUAACGAUUGAUAUGGUGAGGGAAGCCACUGUGAUAAGAUUUGGAAAAAUUAAAGCAGACGAAUUUUUACUGAGUCAUCGCAAGGGCUUUAUUCGAUCAAUUAGAAAUGUAAUGAGAUGUCGACAGAAAGAUGUAAUUUUGAUAUCAUUGCAAGAACAGAAUCAAAAAUCCUUUGUAAAGAGAGAUACACGGUCGGUUGAGUCAAACUUAAAUGUGGUGUUCGCAGUACGCAAACAACAAAUCAUACCAACGUCAGAUGCUUUUUUCACUCAUGACGAAAUACGUCUGGCUCUUAUUAGUAAAGAAAUUGAAAUUGAGAACGACACCAAUCUUAUUAUUGAAGAGAUAUUUGAAAGUUUUUGCCAUAGCAAAGAGAACAAUUGUGUUCACGGAGUUUGCAAGCAAAUAAUUAGCUUACAGAAAAACAAUAUUACAACAAUAUACACAGAUGUCAUAAGUUUCGCAUCUCCAUCGUAUCGGUUAACAAAGAAAUGCGUCUGCAAGCCUGGCUUUGACGGCAAAAACUGCAAUGAGUCGAUAAAUGCUUGCUCCUCAGAGCCCUGUCCUCCACAAAGAAAUUGCAUGCCAUCAGACUCUGAAGCUCAGUACCAAUGUGUUUGUCCAAAAGGAUAUUCGGGAUCAUUUUGUGAGAUAAGAUCAGCCAAGUGCAGUAAUGGUACCUGCGAUCCAAUUUCUUCAACUUCUGUUUCUUUUGGAGGAAAGAGCUACGCACAUUAUAAAAUUAACAAGGCAAAGGCUAAAAACACAAUCGAAAAUCAGUUUACAUACUCACUUCAAAUAAGGACAGUUCAGCAAAGUGGAACGCUUCUAUAUGCCAGUGGAAAAGUUGAUUAUAAUGUUUUGGAAAUAGUAAACGGCGCUGUAAAAUACAGAUUUGACUUAGGGUCAGGGGAGGGUGUUGUGAGCGUGUCAAGCAUAUAUAUUGCGGACGGUGCGUGGCAUACGAUCGUCUUGGAGCGCACACUGAAUAGUGCAAAGCUCAUUGUAAAUAAUAAACACGUUUCUCAAGGAAGUGCACCUGGAGUCAAUGGCAUCUUAAAUAUUCAGUCAAAUGAUAUUUUCGUUGGAGCAGAAGUGCGACCCCAUCCAUCCAUUAUCGGCUAUGAGGAUAUCCAACGUGGUUUUAUUGGCUGUAUGGCAAAUAUAAAAAUAGCAACAGAACCGUUACCAUUGUACAUAUCAGGCGGAAGCACAAUUGCUGCACUGAAACGGUUUACAAACGUUGAGUUCAAAUGCGAUCCAGCAAAUGUCUUAAUCAACCUGGGAGUCUGUGGCACACAACCAUGUCAGAAUAGUGGAAUUUGUACGGAUCUAGGAAGCGAUAAGUUUAAAUGUAUUUGCCAUGCACGUUUCACCGGCGAAUUUUGUGAAGUUGACUUGGAUCCGUGCUCUUCAGCACCUUGUUUAUUUGGCGGUCGCUGUGAUAAUUUAGAGCCUAAUAAUUAUACUUGCGUUUGCCCAAUGCACUUGUCUGGAAGGAGAUGCGAGUAUGGAAAGUUCUGUGCACCAAAUCCGUGCAAAAAUGGUGGAAUGUGUGAAGAAGGUGAUGGUGUAUACCACUGCAUGUGUCGCGGCUUUACUGGUCCAAACUGCGAAAUCGAUGUGGAUGAAUGCGAAAAUCAGCCAUGCGGGAAUGGCGCCACCUGCAUCAACGAAGCGGGGAGCUUUCGGUGUAUAUGUCCUUCAUUUCUUACUGGUGCAAGCUGCGGAGAUCCUCUAUAUUCCAACUCAAUUUCUACAAAACUGAAAAACUUUUCGAUUGAGCAUAUAAGCGGCAUCAUAUCUGGAAUAGUGAUUGUAUUCAUUAUUAUUGUAAUCCUAUUAUUUUGUGUUAUUUUCAAAAGAAGUACCACACCAAGAUCACGAAACCGAAUCGAAAAAGACAAGAACAAGCAUUCGCUUAAGCAAGCAAAUCUGAACUCACUGCUUGAGAAGGAUAACAUCUGCAAGGCCAACGCGAAAAUAAGUAAUUUGGAAGUUAGCCAGCGUCCGUCAAGCUAUUCCCCUCCAAUAAACGAUAGCCUAUUUUUAAGCAAUACUUCUUUUGUAAAUAAUUUGGAUAUUUUACGAAGUUAUGGUUCAGCUGGAGAUGAGCUGGAAAACAUUCCAUUUGAGUAUCAAAAAGUUAAUCGAUCUAAUCAACACGUAAAUAUAAAUGCCUGUAAAUUAAUGGACGGCGAAGUCAACGCGCACAAGCAAGAAUGGAGUGAACAUAUGCAUUUAAAGACAUUCAGCGAAAAUAAACUGAAUAACGAGCGAAGAAUAGACUACGGAUGUCCAAUAAACCGACUCUCGAGUGGAAAGCUAAUUCAAGUUGCAAUGCCAAACGUAUGUCACUCAACUUCGAAUGCCAUUAUUGGCGACCCUGCGCUUAGCAGUGGACAAUAUCACUGGGACUGUUCGGAUUGGGUCCGAAAAAGCCAUAACCCAUUGCCAGACAUAACUGAAGUUCCUGGAGCUGAAGUCGCGGAUUCAUCGAGUUUUCAGAGCAAUGAUAGUAAUGAGUCAAAAUCAAAACGUAAAUAUUUGAUAAGUGAAGACGUCGAUCCAAGUAGGGAUAUGGCUGCUCUGAAUGAAGAUAUGGUAUUUGAAUAUGUGGAGUCUGAUAUAGAAAGCUGUAUACAACCAUUUAUGUUGCCUAAUUUUUCUAAUGAAUCCCGUUCAAGACUAAGUUCUUUUAAUCAAAGCGAGAGUGAAGACUAUAAACUAAAUACAGGCAAAGUAUAUUUACGACAUCCUGAUUCAUAUUUACCUACGCUCCAUACACGACUGAACUAG